GAUAAGUCGAGCUAAACACAAGCAACAAUCUUCACCAUGGCAACGAAACCCGAGCAAAGCGUCGGGAUCGACUUGGGCACGACGUACUCGUGCGUGGGGACUUGGCAGAACGACCGCGUGGAAAUCAUCGCAAACGACCAGGGCAACCGCACCACGCCUUCGUAUGUGGCCUUCACGGACACGGAGCGCCUGAUCGGAGAUGCCGCCAAGAACCAGGUGGCAAUGAACCCGUCGAACACGGUGUUCGAUGCGAAGCGGCUGAUUGGACGCAAGUUUAACGAUCCCAUGAUCCAAGCCGACAUCAAGCACUGGCCGUUCAAGGUGAUUGCGGGGGCGGGGGACAAGCCCCAGAUUGUGGUCGAGUUCAAGGGUGAGCGCAAGACGUUUCAGCCAGAGGAGAUUUCGUCGAUGGUGCUGAUCAAGAUGAAGGAGGUGGCCGAGGCGUACCUCGGGUUGGACGUGCAGAACGCGGUGAUUACGGUGCCGGCAUACUUCAACGACUCGCAACGCCAAGCGACCAAGGACGCGGGGGCGAUUGCCGGCUUGACUGUCAUGCGCAUCAUCAACGAACCCACUGCCGCGGCCAUUGCGUACGGGCUGGACAAAAAAGGGGGCGAGCACAACGUGCUAAUUUUCGACUUGGGGGGCGGCACGUUUGAUGUGUCUUUGCUUACUAUCGAGGAGGGUAUUUUCGAGGUCAAGGCGACGGCGGGGGACACGCAUUUGGGCGGCGAGGACUUUGACAACCGCCUCGUAGACCACUUUGUGGAUGAGUUUAAGCGGAAGUACCGCAAGGACAUGAAGACGAACCAGCGCGCCUUGCGCCGCCUGCGCACGGCCAGCGAGCGCGCGAAGCGAACGCUGUCGUCGUCGACGCAAGCCCACCUUGAGAUUGACUCGCUGUUUGACGGGAUUGACUACAACACGACAAUCACGCGUGCACGGUUUGAAGAUUUGUGCAGCGACUACUUUCGCAAGACGAUGGGGCCGGUGGAAACGGUGCUGCGCGACGCCAAGCUGUCGAAGAACCAAGUGAAUGAGGUAGUGCUCGUGGGCGGGUCGACUCGCAUCCCCAAGGUGCAGCAGUUGCUGAGUGACUUUUUCAACGGUAAGGAGCUGUACAAGUCGAUCAAUCCGGACGAAGCCGUUGCGUUUGGGGCGACGGUGCAGGCGGCCAUCUUGAGUGGCACGAGCGGGUCCCAAAAGCUGCAGGACUUGCUGUUGUUGGAUGUGACACCGUUGUCGCUGGGGCUCGAGACUGCCGGGGGGGUGAUGACGACGCUGAUUGCGCGCAACACGACGGUGCCGACUAAGAAGUCGCAGACGUUUUCCACGUACGCGGACAACCAGCCUGGCGUGCUGAUUCAAGUGUUUGAGGGUGAGCGCGUGAUGACAAAGGACAACAAUUUGCUGGGCAAGUUUAGCCUGGACGGGCUGCCCCCCAUGCCCCGGGGCAUGCCUCAAGUGGACGUGACGUUUGACAUUGACGCGAAUGGGAUUUUGAACGUGUCGGCGGUCGAAAAGUCGACGGGCAAGGAGAACAAGAUUACGAUCACGAACGACAAGGGCCGCCUGUCCAAGGACGAGAUUGACCGCAUGGUGAACGAUGCGGAAAAAUACAAGGCUGAAGACGAAAAAAAUCGCGCGCGCAUUGAGGCCAAGAACGGCCUUGAAAAUUAUGCGUACAGCCUGCGCAACACGCUCAACGACGACAAGAUCAAAGGCGCUGUGGACCCGGCCGACAAGAAGACGCUCGAGGACAAGGUGGCCGACACGAUUGCGUGGAUGGACCGCAACUUGGCGGCGGAAAAGGACGAGUUUGAGGCCAAGCAACAAGAACUGGAGAGCGUGGCCAACCCGAUUAUGCAGAAGUUGUAUGCGAGUGGAAGCGGAGGGGAUGUGGGGGGGAUGCCAGGGGGAUCGGCGCCCCCUUCAGGCUCAGGUGCCGGCGGCGGCGCGGGCCCCAAGAUUGAAGAAGUGGAUUGAACGGUGUAGGAGUAGGAUGAGGGAAAGAGUAUCUGCCAUCAAUGUAUAACCUUUCAUGUGUGCUA